GUUUUUUCUCAACUACAUACAGAAUAUCCCUCCAUCUUCCCUAUAAAUUUAUCUCUUCAUUUGGAAAUUAAUUUACAAUUCACAAUUUCAUCUUCUUAUGCUGCGUUAAGCCGUUUCGCUUCACAUUCAUCGUUGGGCUUCAGCAGUAAAUUGCCAUGGAGUUACAGAGAAUUUCAUCCCUUUUGAUCUUAGCUCCAUUGUUAUUCAUGGCUACCAUUGCUGCUUGCUCCAACGGAACAUGCAAGUUACUGGAUGAUUGUGAAACAGACGGAGAUUGCGAGGCUGGACUUUAUUGUUUCUCAUGUCCUCAAGGAUAUGCAGGCUCCAAAUGUGUUCGAUCAACUGCUACACCUGUCUUUAAUCUUAUGAAUAAUUCGCUUCCAUUCAACAAAUAUUCCUUCUUGACAACACACAAUGCCUUCGCAAUCGACAAUGGAACUAUACGACUGACGCCUACAAAUCAAGAAGAUACGGUCGCUCAACAACUAAAUAAUGGGGUGCGUGCUUUGAUGCUUGAUACAUAUGACUUUGAAGAUACAGUAUGGUUAUGCCAUUCUUUUGGUGGAAAAUGUUAUGACGCCACAAAAUUUACACCCGCCAUAGAUACUUUGAAAGAAAUCGAAGCUUUUCUAUCAUCGAAUCCAAAGGAAAUAGUGACAAUCAUUCUAGAAGACUAUGUACAAGCACCUAAUGGUUUGACCAAAGUUUUUACAGACUCGGGGUUGAAAAAGUAUUGGUUUCCGGUAACGAGUAUGCCAACAGGUGGCCAAGAUUGGCCUUUGGUUAGUGACAUGGUGGCUAAAAACCAAAGAUUACUUGUUUUCGGCUCUGUUAGAUCCAAGGAACAAAGUGAAGGAAUCGCGUACCAAUGGAACUACAUGGUCGAAAAUCAAUAUGGAGAUGGUGGAAUGAAAGCAGGUGAGUGUCCAAAUAGGGGUGAAUCAUCACCCAUGAACGAUAAAACAAAAUCACUUGUUUUAGUGAACUACUUCCGUACGCUUCCUAUAAAGAUGUUGGCAUGCGGUCAAAACAAUGGCGGUCUCUCAAACAUCACCAAGACUUGCUACACUGAUUCGGGAAAUCGUUGGGCCAACUUUCUCGCUGUUGAUUUUUACAAGAGGAGUGAAGGCGGAGGAACAUUUCAAACCACUGAUUUGCUAAAUGGAGAGCUUUUAUGUGGUUGCAAUGAUGUACAUGCAUGUGUUCCAGGAGGAGGAAGUUGCACAUCUUGCACGAAGCUUACUUGCGACUAAAUAAGACCACAUUAAAGGCUUCCAUGGCAUCAACACAAGAUAUAUUAAAAUUGUAGUUUUCCUUGGUAAUUAUUAUUUAUCAUGAUUCAUAUAAACCUGUUUUUUGUGGGAAACUAUAAAUUAAAAAGGAAAAAAAAUGUUUUCAUUCACAUUGUUAGGACAUGAAAGCUUGAUUUCAUAUGCAUAAUAAUAAGAGCACAAUCAACACAAUGAUUU